AUGAUCAAUUCAUUGUCAACCAAGAUGCAUUCUUCACGGACAGACAAUAUCACCAAAAAGGUCAAGCACAAACCAGUAAAAAUAAAACGCGAAGCAAGAUAUAUCAUGUACGUGGCAAAGAAGAAUGUCGUUCGUGGAAGCAUACCGAUGAACAACACAAAAGAUCUAAGACAAAGUCUCGAACUUCAUUUAAAGAAAAGCUAG